UGAACUUUUAAGCAUUCACAUUAUUGCCCAAUAUCUGGACUGAAUUUGAACUAAUAGAAGAGAAUAAGCCGUUUUAAUUUUGUUCGUUUUUAAAUCAUUUUGUCCACAUUUUGUAUAAAUUUUUUUUUUAUUUUAUAAAUAAAUAUGUCUUAUUUGAAUGAUGUCGCUAUAGUGUUUCGUGGCCUAAAGAAAUUAGGAACCACCAUAACAGAACACCGGUUGAGGGAAUGUUCUUGUUGGUGGAACAAUUCAAGUUUGAAGCCGGUUUCUAAAAAUAUUUUAGAAAGGUUGGAGGUUGCAGCCAGUGACUGCUUCUCAAGAAAGACUUCUAUUAAAUCUAGCAGCACCAUUUCCUCUAAUCCCAAUGAUCAUAAAACAACUCACACAGCGACACAAUUCAACAGAACUGACAAUAAAAAAACUUUUUUUAGCAACACUGACAGCAGCAUCAGCAGUAGUAACACUAGCACUGCCAAGUUCGGAGACUCAACAAUCCUUAAAAACAUAACUAAUAACAGUGAUAUAAACUCCAAAAGACAUUUUAGUACUAAGACCAAAGAUGAGAAGGCUAAAAGUAUCCAAGCAUCAGGAGGAGCAGGUCAAAAGAUAAAGAGAUCCAAACCCAUUGCUGAUAAAUUUGAUGCCCCAGAUAUAACUAAAAAAUCCAAAGAGAGUAAAGUUCCUGGAUCUCGUGUUGGCAGGAUUGUCAGUUUUGGAAGCCUAGGUGCAGGUCUUGCUAUUGGUACAUUGUCUGAACUUGCUUUGAGAGGUCUAGGAAUGAAGACAGGCAGACAGGGUGGGGCCAUACUGGACAGCAAUCCUUUACUGACGGAGGCCAAUGCCGAAAGAAUUGUCAACACUCUGUGUAGAGUUAGAGGGGCUGCACUAAAAUUAGGACAAAUGCUUAGUAUACAAGACAACUCACUAAUCAAUCCAUCAUUGCAAAAGAUAUUCGAGAGGGUGAGGCAGAGUGCAGAUUUUAUGCCCAUGUCUCAAAUGGAGGGUGUGCUGAUUAAAGAAUUAGGACCGAAAUGGCGGGAAAAUUUUCUUGAGUUUGAUACAGUACCGUUCGCUGCGGCGUCCAUUGGUCAGGUGCACAGGGGAGUGAUCAAAGAUGGCAGGCCAGUUGCGGUGAAGAUCCAAUACCCUGGUGUGGCGAACAGCAUCAACAGUGAUAUCAAUAAUUUAAUGUCACUUCUCAAGGUCUCACAAGUUCUUCCAGAAGGGCUGUAUGCAAAUGUGGCACUGAAAGUCGCUCGCAAGGAACUCAGCUGGGAGUGUGAUUACGUUAGAGAGGCUAGAGCUUCUGAGAAGUUUAGGUCACUUCUAGAAGAUGACCCAAUUUUUUACGUGCCGGAAGUGAUAUGGGAGGUGACGACAAAGGAGGUACUGACCACUGAACUGGUCAGAGGCGUGUCCCUGGAUGUCCUUGAGAAUCAGAGGCAGGAGCUGAGAAACCAGAUCUGUGAGAAGUUGCUGGAACUCUGCCUGAACGAGGUCUUCAUCUACAGGUUCAUGCAGACGGAUCCGAACUGGAGCAACUUUCUCUACGACGAACAAACCGGACGGAUAUCCUUGAUAGACUUUGGAGCCAGUAGAGAAUUUGACCUGAAAUUCACCGACCCCUACAUCCAACUGAUCGAGUCAGCGUCUAGAGGCGAUAGAGAUGCCGUCCUAGAGAUGAGUAGGAAGAUGAAGUUUCUUACCGGGUUCGAAAGCAAGGUAAUGGAGAAUGCCCACGUGGACGCAGUGAUGAUACUGGGGGAGGCAUUCUCGAAGGAUGACCCUUUUGAUUUCGGGGCCCAGAGUACGGCCCGGAGAAUUCAUGAAUUAAUACCUGUCAUGUUGAAACAUCGACUGACACCUCCGCCAGAGGAGACCUACAGUUUACACCGAAAGAUGGCAGGUUGUUUCUUGCUGUGCAGUAAACUAAAGGCCAAAACCGUCUGUAGGAAGAUGUUCCUAGACGUUUAUAAGAAAUAUGCAGAGUUGCAUGAUUGAUUGAUUGAUUCGUUCAUUGAUUGAUUGAUUGGUUAAUUGGUUGAUUGAUUGAGUGGUUGAUUGAUUGAUUGAUUGGUUUAAUGAUUAAUUGAUUGAAUGAUUGAUUGAUUGAUUGAUUGAAUGGUUGAUUGAUUGAUUGAUUGAUUGAUUGAUUGAUUGAUUGAUUGAUUGAUUGAUUGGUUUAAUGAUUAAUUGAUUGAAUGAUUGAUUGAUUGAUUGAUUGAAUGGUUGAUUGAUUGAUUGAUUGAUUGAUUGAUUGAUUGAGUUAAUUGUUUGAUUGAUUGGUUGGUCGAUUGACUAUUGACGUGAAAGUUGACAACUUAAUGAGUAACAUUAUGAUGAUUCAUACUCAUCGUAAAUUGUGUUGUGUUGUCACUUAGGCGAUUGUUCAUAUUUAUAAUGAAGAAUUAUUUUUUUUAUAAUUUAAAUCUUCUCUUUUUUUAUAUAACCAUUUAUUCAUUCAUUUAUCCAUUCAUCCAUUCAUUCAUUCAUUCAUUCAUUCAUUCAUUCAUUCAUUCAUUCAUUCAUUCAUUCAUUCAUUCAUUCAUUCAUUCAUUCAUUCAUUCAUUCAUCCAUUCAUUCACUCAUUCACUCAUUCAUUCAAUUAUUGUUUUUCAUUCAUUCAUUCAUUCGUCCAUUCAUUCA